AUGGAUGAUGUCAAGAAAGGCGAAGUCGACAUGAUCGAGAAUCGGAAGGAUGGUCCUGCAACGGUUCCCCAAAAUUCUGGACCGGUAGAGCAGGAAGGGGCUGGUGUUCCUACAGGCUAUUGGUACUCUCCAAGGUUCAUCGGUUCCACAGUCGCCAUUGUCCUCCUUGCCAACAACUUAUUUAUUGGCUACGCGAUGCCUACAAAUGUCCUCAAUGUCAUCAAUGCGGACUUAGGCCCUGACUCCAGCAUCUACCUUGCCUCGCUCAUCAACACUCUUAUCAAAGGCGUGUUCCUCCUGCUUGUGGGCAGUAUUAGCGAUGUUCUGGGUCGACGAUACUUUAUCAUCGCCGGUCAAGCCCUCGGACUGGUCGGUGCCAUCAUCGCAGCGACGUCGAAGAACAUUAAUACAUUGAUCGGUGCCAAUGUUUUCAUCGGCUUGGGGGGAGCUACACAAGUGCUGUAUCCGCUGCUGAUCAUGGAGAUCGUGCCCAAUAAACACCGUGGUACCGCGCAGUCUCUCAUCACCCUCUCCGCCUUCCCUUCGAUGGGCUUAGGACCGGGGUUUGCGCGCAUGAUGGUCGAAUACACAGCCCUUGGGUGGAGGUGGGUAUAUUGGCUCAAUGCUAUUACCGUUGGCACUUCCCUUGUUCUGUUUCUCGUCUGCUACUUCCCUCCGGACUUUGACCAACUGAGCCAAGGCACGAGCAAAAAGGAGCAGCUAAAGAACAUUGACGUUGUUGGUUUUCUGCUCUACGGGGGAGGUCUUGUGUGUCUCCUACUCGCACUCACUUGGGGCGGUCGCCAAUACACCUGGGGCUCCGCGCAGGUCGUUGCUACUCUCGUCAUUGGAAUUGUGGUAUUAGUCUCUUUCGUUUUAUACGAAAUAUACAUGGCACCACGAGCCCCGCUGGUUCCCAUGAACCUGUUCAAAAUCACCAACUACAAUGUCGCUGUCAUUGUGGGAUCUGUUGGCCAAAUGUCUUUCUAUGCGCUGAAUGUCAUAUGGCCACAGCAAGUCACCAACCUCUAUACCACAGACAAUAUCAAGAUUGGUUGGAUGUCUUGCACAACAGGGGCUGCACUCGCCUUUGGCGAAGUCCUCACCGGCCCGCUCUGCAAAAAGGGCAUGCGUGUCAAGCUGCAAAUGUUCCUUUCAAUGACUGGACUGUGCAUAUUUUGCGGCAUCAUGUCUCUUGGCAACGAGUCUCGAGAGGCUCUCAGCGUUGCAAUGACUGUGGUCAUUGGACUUUUCGUGGGUUGGAUUGAGCUCAUAUGUAUCGUGGUGGCCAGUCUUGUUAUUCCACCAGAGCACAUUGGUUCUGGCACAGCCUUUUUCGCAUCUUUCCGAGCCAUCACCGGAACAAUCGCGACAAGCAUAUAUGUGGCCAUCCAAACUAAUCAGUACAACAAUAAGGUAGGAGGAUAUGUUUCCGAGGCUGCUACGGACGCUGGUUUCGCGGCGGAUGGCAUUCCCGAGCUCUUGAAAGUGAUCGCGAAGAGCACCACAGCUCGAGCCAUUGGGUCUGUUCCAGGGAUGACUGAAAGCAUCAGCCAGGCUGUCACUGCCGCAAUCAAGCGCGCCUACGCACAGUCGUACUCUACUGUGUAUCUCAGCAGUCUCGCAUUUGGCGGAGUUGCUCUGAUUUCUUGCUUUUUCGCUACUCACGACAUGGAGGAGUACUUUACUUCAUUCCUCAAUAAGACGGUGGAUGCGCCGCACCUUCAGAAUGUGAGCAAGGAUUCAAAACAGGAAGAUGGAGAAAACUAG